CAUGCCGUUUUAUUCUCUUUUCACAAUUUUUUCUCAAUACGUCGUCACUCACACACUUAAUUUCUUGUACCAGAAUUCAAAAUUGCAUGCGUAUGCUUCAGACCCAAGCAGUGGUCCAAUCUAUGUAUGUGGUAAAGACUCCAUUAAUUAAAUAAUAAAUUGAAUAUGUUUCAUUACAGAGACUCAUAGAGAGAUUAUCGAACAGCGACGAUGGACAGGAAGACAUUGUUUUCUUUGUGGGCUCAACUGACCCCUGCUUCCAUCAUGAUGGAGGACAGGGAGUCAUACACCGAGGAGACCAGGCUCGUCCCCGCCCCCCCUACUGAGGCCAAGCCCCCGGGCCUUAACCCCCGCUACCCUCGUGGGGCUAGGCUGCCCUGGUUGGCUGCCCCAGCUGGUGGCAGCAACGAGAGGGUCGUCCUCCGCCCCCCUACUGAGGCCAAGCCCCCGGGCCUUAACCCCCGCUACCCUCGUGGGGCUAGGCUGCCCCGGUUGGCUGUGGCUGAGGAGGCUGACGGCCAGGAAGCCUGGAUCCAGGCGGCCCACUCCGACACCGUGUCCCUCUGUGCACGGGCUCAGGGUGCCGCCUCGAGCCAGGAGACUUCCCCGGGCCGAACCCCCCCAGAAGUGGCUGACCCUGACCACCAUCGUGGGUCUAGGCUCCCCUGGUUGGCCGCCCCAGCCGCUGGCGCCAGCGACAGGAUCGUCCUCCGCCCCCCUACUGACGCCAAGCCCCCGGGCCUUAACCCCCGCUACCCUCGUGGGUCUAGGCUGCCCCGGUUGGCUGCCCCAGCCGCUGGUGCCAACGAGAGGACCGUCCUCCGCCCCCCUACUGAGGCCAAGCCCCCGGGCCUUAACCCCUGCUACCCUCGCGGGUCUAGGCUGCCCCGGUUGGCUGCCCCAGCCGCUGGCGCCAACGAGAGGGUUGUCCUCAUCCCUACUGAGGCCCAGCCCCCGGGCCUUAACCCCCGCUACCCUCGUGGGUCUAGGCUGCCCCGGUUGGCUGCCCCAGCUGGUGGCAGCAACGAGAGGAUCGUCCUCCGCCCCCCUACUGAGGCCAAGCCCCCGGGCCUUAACCCCCGCUACCCUAGUGGGUCUAGGCUGCCCCGGUUGGCUGUGGCUGAGGAGGCUGACGGCCAGGAAGCCUGGAUCCAGGCGGCCCACUCCGACACCAUGUCCCUCCGUGCACGGGCUCUGGGUGCCGCCUCGAGCCAGGAGACUUCCCCGGGCCGAACCCCCCCAGAAGUGGCUGACCCUGACCACCAUCGUGGGGCUAGGCUGCCCCGGUUGGCUGUCCCAGCCGCUGGCGCCAACGACAGGAUCGUCCUCUGCCCUACUGAGGCCAAGCCCCCACAUAGACCCCCAGUGUCCUUCACAGUGGAUCUGCGGGACGCCCCGUUGAGCUCCGCCUCCUCGUCCCGGAACGCCGCUGCCUCCGCCCGCCGCCGGGCGCACGGUGGCGCCGAGGCGGACCUCUCUGGGACGGAGCGCUCCCAGUCCGCCAACGGCCAGAGGUCCCAGGCCCCAGGCAGGAUCGUCCUCCGCCCCCCUACUGAGGCCAAGCCCCCGGGCCUUAACCCCCGCUACCCUCGUGGGUCUAGGCUGCCCCGGUUGGCUGUGGCUGAGGAGGCUGACGGCCAGGAAGCCUGGAUCCAGGCGGCCCACUCCGACACCGUGUCCCUCUGUGCACGGGCUCUGGGUGCCGCCUCGAGCCAGGAGACUUCUCCGGGCCAAACCCCCACAGAAGUGGCUGACCCUGACCACCCUCGUGGGGCUAGGCUGCCCCGGUUGGCUGCCCCAGCCGCUGGCGCCAACGACAGGAUCGUCCUCCGCCCUACUGAGGCCAAGCCCCCACAUAGACCCCCAGUGUCCUUCACAGUGGAUCUGCGGGACGCCCCGCUGAGCUCCGCCCCCUCGUCCCGGAACGCCGCUGCCUCCGCCCGCCGCCGGGUGCCCAGAGAGGUCCGCCUCCGUCCCGAGGCGGACCUCUCUGGGACGGAGCGCUCCCAGUUCGCCAACGGCCAGAGGUCCCAGGCCCCAGGCAGCCCGCCGGCCUCUGACGUUCCUGAAGGCGUGGCGGGCAGAGGUAAGUACGCGUUGAGCCCGUUUCCCCCUGUGCAGGAGCGUCUGAGGAACGGCAGGAUCCCCCGGGAGAAGCUCCGGGGCCCGCCCCCCCACCAGGCAGGGGAAGAGGCCGGGCCCUCUGGGAAGAGGCAGAAGAACGGGGGCCGCUGUUUCCCCGACCAGAGGUUGACCGCUGAGCCCGAGCUGGAGGAGAAGCUGUUGGAUAGCAGAGAUGAGCCGGCCCAGGGCUCCCUCAGCGGCCCCCAGCGAGACCCACCCGGGCCCCACCCCUUCCCCAAACCUGAGCUGGCCAUGACACAGAGCCUCACUCUCAUCAGCUCAGAGAACUGGCAGGAGAAGAUGGAAGGGCUCACGGUGCUGCGCAGUCUGGCCCAGAACCACGUGGACACGCUGCUCCCCAGGCUCCGCGACGUCUGCCUCGCCCUCGUGCAAGAGGUGAAGAACCUGCGUUCGGGCGUGUCCCGCGUAGCCGUGUGCACGCUGGGCGUCCUGUACUGCCACCUGCAGCGGGCCAUGGACAAGGAGGUGGACACCACGGCCAGGGCGCUGCUGCACAAGGCGGCCGAGAGCAACGCCUUCAUCCGGGAGGAAGUGGACGCAGCGCUGGGCCACAUGGUGCGGCACUGCACGCCGGCACGCUGCAUCAACGCCUUCCUGGACGGGGGUUUGAGCCACCUGAGCGCGGCGGUGAGGAAGUGCGCCGCCCAGCACCUGGCCGACCUGCUGGAGAGGGUGGGCGUGGCCCGCCUGCUGUCCGGAGGGAAGGACGUGACGGACAGAAUCCUCCCGGCCGUGGUCAAGCUGGCCCUGGACUCCUCCCCGGAACCCAGGUCCUUUGGCCGCCGGAUGUUGCUGUUCCUGUCCUCCCACCGGGACUUUGAUAGCCUGCUGGAGAAGAACAUCCCCACCAAGGACCUUUCCGCCGCCCGCAAGGCGGUCAGUGGACUCAAGGCAAAGGGUCAGGGUCAGGGUCAGGGUCUGGGUGAGACCCCAGCCUCGCUUCCCGGCAGUGGCACCGCUAGGGCCUCGACGCUCCAAAGGAAGCUCCCCAAACAGACCAUAGCCCCCAGCCCCACCACCACCACCGCCACCCCGACCAACACCACCACCACCACCCCCAGGGAGCCCAACAGCAAGUACAGCUCCAAACCUCAGGGGCCCAUCAUGGAAGACAAGUUUGAGUACAUCAGGCAGCUCACCGCUCUGCUGGAGUCCAAGGACUUCAGGGAGCGCAUCAAAGGCCUCGACCAGCUGGUGGCCGACUGCCAGCACAACCCCAGCAUGGUCAUCCGCAGCCUGUUCCCGGUGUUUGACCUCUUCAGAGACCGCCUGCUGGAGUCCAACCGUAAGGUGAACCUGUACGCCCUGGAGGCCCUGCAGGGGAUGGUGCGCCUGCUGAAGGACAACCUGUCCGGGGUGCUCAACCACCUGGUGCCCGCCAUCGUGGACAACCACCUCAACUCCAAGAACCGCGCUGUGUACUCGGCCGCCACAGGGGCCCUCUGCGAGCUGGUCCUGAACCUCGACAACAGCCUCCUCCUGGAGCCGUUCUGCUUCAAGGCACGGGUUCUUAGCGGCCAAGCAAAGGUGGACCUCAUUGAGAAGGUUGCAGAGCUGGUGACGGAGCUGUACCCCCGCCGGCCCCAGCUGGUGGAGCAGAAGGCGCUGCCCCUGCUGUGGGGCCUGCUGGGCCCGUCCAGCGGCAGUGUGCACCGGGCGACCACCAGCCUGUGCCGAGCCCUCCACCAUCAGAUGGGGCCCGGCCUGCGGCAGAGCGCCGCCUCCCAGCCCCCGAGCGUCGGCAGGGACCUCAACCAGCUGCUGAGAACCAUGUCCUGAAUAAAAAAUGACCUAAGGACGGGAUCGAGAAGACUCACUGCUCUCUUUGCACUUUUACAGGUAGC